CCUAGUUCCUGACAACCCACUUGAUUGAUCAAGCAAAUCGGCAUAAUAAUAACGUAUAUUCAUUCGAAUCGGAUAUAAAAAUAGCGACAGAUCGGCUUUCACAUCCGAUCGUACGAUAGCGACUAGAACCUUUCAACGAUCUAGGCAGUUUAGAUUUGCAGUUCAGUUCAAGAUGUUGACUAUGAAAGACUUUUUUCUGCGACCCUCCUUCGAGUCAACCCAGGAAGCUCAAGAAUGGGAAAAGCUUCAAAAAACCGUUCAACACACAAAACAGUUCAACGCAGAUUUUGACCACAUAGUCCUGCACAAAGAUCUAUUUGGAACAUUUUUCUAUUACUAUCUGCAAGAGAUUCGCCUGAGAAUAAUUCAAAUUUUGUCCGAAUUUACAAAAGUGGAAUGGCGUGAAGCAAAACCGCUGCAUGAACCGGACCCAUUCGGAGGAUUUGGAGCUCCGGCGAAAAAGAAGGAAUCCCAAGAGGUGAAAGAAAUCCACAUCCCAGAAUAUGGGAUCCUCGUAAAAGGCUACAAGGAGAAGCUACCCCUAGAUUGCUGUGGACAACAGUUCAAAACGUUAAACAUGCUCCGGAUGCAUUACCAUGCCGAACACGAGAAGCAUUAUUUGUUUGAAGCAAACACGUGCGAGAUGAAAGCAUCGAUUCUGAAGAUGUGUGUCUAUCGACAUGAACUAGACGAGUUCGUUCGAAGCGGGAUCAAGUGCAACAGUUCGUUGGGUUUCUAUUUGCUGAAAAUUCUGAGGAAAAUUAUUCCGAUCAUACGAUAUUGAUGCAAUUAUCAAACUAGCUUAACAAAGAGGGAGAAUUGAAGAUUUUAUUAUUUUAAAUCUUAAUAAUUUAAAUGUCAAUAAGGAAACUCUUUAAGGAUUAAUACU